AACCUAAACAAUGUCAUCUCUUGCACCACCACCGGCCAUCACCACCACCGCCCGCCGCGGAAAGACCUUCUCUUCCUCUUCCAGAUACUCUUCUUCAUUGUUUUUAAGAUCAUCUAAGGUUUCCACUGCCAGAAACCCAAACCAUCGCCAUGCAGUUUCAUGCAAAACUCUAGAUGAUGACCACCAUGAAGAAUCCGGCAAGGUUGACCGGAGAAACGUCCUAUUAGGUCUUGGAGGUCUUUAUGGCGCUGCCGCCACAUUUGGCUCAAAUUCAUUAGCAUUUGCAGAUCCGAUCAUGGCUCCCGACGUGGCAAAAUGUGGUCCAGCUGACUUACCUCAGGGUGCUAAACCAACAAACUGUUGCCCUCCAUCCACCUCAAAGAUUAUAGACUUCAAGCUUCCACCACCAUCAAACAACCUCCGUGUCCGGCCGGCGGCUCAUUUGGCCAAUAAAGAGUACAUAGCCAAAUUCAAUAGAGCCAUCGAGCUUAUGAAGGCCCUCCCAGAUGACGAUCCUCGUAGUUUCAAGCAACAAGCUGCCGUUCAUUGUGCUUACUGCGAUGGUGCCUAUGAUCAAGUCGGUUUCCCUGAUCUCGAGCUUCAAGUUCAUGGCUCAUGGCUGUUUUUACCUUUCCAUCGCCAUUACUUGUACUUCUUCGAGAAAAUUUGUGGCAAAUUGAUUGAUGACCCAAAUUUCGCAAUCCCAUUUUGGAACUGGGAUGCACCUGAUGGUAUGAAAAUCCCUGAUAUAUACACAAACAAGAAAUCUCCGUUAUACGAUCCUCUUCGCGAUGCUAAGCACCAACCACCGUCUCUAGUGGAUCUUGACUUCAAUGGGGUCGAUGAAAAUCUUAGCCGAUCAAAACAAGUGUCCACAAAUCUUACAAUUAUGUACAGGCAAAUGGUGUCUAGUGCAAAGACAGCUAGUCUUUUCAUGGGUAGCCCCUAUCGAGCAGGCGAUGAGGCUAACCCUGGUGGUGGCACGCUUGAGAGCACACCACAUGGUCCGGUGCAUGUCUGGACCGGAGAUAGCACCCAACCUAAUGGUGAGAACAUGGGUAACUUCUAUUCUGCAGCUAGAGACCCAAUCUUUUAUGGACACCAUGCAAAUGUAGAUAGAAUGUGGUCCAUCUGGAAAACCCUGGGGGGAAGAAGGCAAGAUUUCACCGAUAAGGAUUGGCUCGACUCCUCCUUCUUGUUCUACAACGAGAACGCGGAGAUGGUUCGAGUCAAGGUACGGGACUGUCUUGACUCCAAGAAACUUGGCUAUGUUUAUCAAGAUGUAGAGACACCAUGGCUAAACAGCAAACCCACCCCACGUCUGAAAAGGGUGUUGAGUAAAAUCAAGAAACUGGGCGUGGCUCGAGCAGAUGAACAGAUGCCGCCCUUUGCAAAAGAUGUUUUUCCGGCGAGUCUGGAUAAGGUGAUCAAAGUGCUGGUGCCAAGGCCAAAGAAAUCGAGGAGUAAGAAACAGAAAGACGAAGAAGAAGAGAUUCUGGUGAUACAAGGGAUUGAAGUGAAGAGAGACGUGUUUGUGAAGUUUGAUGUGUUUGUGAACGAUGAAGAUGAAGGGAUGAGUGGCGCCGAUAAGACAGAGUUCGCCGGAAGUUUUGUGAAUGUGCCUCAUAAACAUAAACAUGGAAAGAAUGUGAAGACAAAACUGAGGUUAGGGAUAAGUGAGCUGUUGGAAGAUCUGGAUGUUGAAGAUGAUGACAACGUGAUGGUGACGUUGGUGCCCAAAAAUGGAGGUGGUGACAUUUCCAUUAAGGGGAUCAAAAUCGAGUUUGAUUAAUUCAUUCAUCACAGAAGCAAUAUGUUUUGCAUUUUUCAAUUGUCAUUUUUUUUUUAUCUGCGAAUAAAAAUAUGAUUUGUAGCCAACUGCGCCUUUAUUUAUAUGCUCGUUAACUAAUUUCAUCC